CACAUAUUCGCCAAAAGGUGUUGACCGAUCUCGAGGCACUCUAUCUGUAACCGAAGAAGGCGAAACAGAGGAAACUUCGCUCGCUUCCAGUAAGGUUUCAACUGGACCAUCUGCAUAUCUGCAUUGAAUGGUUGCCCAGUGCACAGUCACACUGGUGUGUGCUUUUGUGUUGUUCGUUUAGGCCUUGCGAUUGAUAUCGCCAUGAAGGGAGUGCUUGUUGGAGAUGACCACCUGUGCCUGAUGGACCGAAGUCGCCUUCGGUUCGCGGAAAAUGUGGACACCUGCACAUUCGGUGUCGAAGGCGCCACCGCUGAAUCCCUGCUGGCGAAGGUACGGCAGUUGAACUUCGCGCCCUUGGACUUUGUCGUGGUGUGCGUGGGAGGCCAAGAUUUAAGUGACGGUAGGGACUUCGCAGACAUCCGCACUGACAUCCUGGCUCUCCUGGAGUUCCUGAGGACUGUCACUCCGGUGCUGUUUGUGUUCAGAGUGCUGCCUCGUGGCGGGGCGACUGCUGAGGCCGAGGCGGCACGCCGGAAACUCAAUCGCGUGCUGGUGAGCGCCAUGCGCGAGAUGGUGGACGUCGUCAUCAUCAACGCGGACACCAAGUUCAUCGACAAAGAGAAGCGUCCCAAAGAAGCCUACUUCGGCGAGGAUGGCUACAUCAGCCCCUACCUGGGCGUCCGGGCACUCGCCAACCUGCUGGAGCUGGCGGUGAUCAAGCGGCUGGGCGCCCAGUGGGCCAGCCCCAUACCCCGUAUCCAGCUGGUUUUCUGCCGCCACUGCGAGGCCGAGCACCACUGGACGGACCAGUGCUGGGCCUUCAGGAGGUCUCCAGAGCCUGCAUCCCGCGUGGACGACGUGUAGCAUAAAAGCGUGCGCCCUCCACAAAUACUCUGGGCCCGAUGACCGAUGCUUCGAGUUCGUGGUAAUGCGCGAAAUGUCCCCCGUAAAAAAAUAAAAAAAUAAAAAUUUGUAUACAUAGCAUCUUGA